GUGCUCAGCAGCCGGCGGCCCUGUGGCUCUGAAGAGGCAGCUGGCUGCCCCCACAUCACUGCAGCCAUCCUGCCACCCUCGUGGGAAGUGCCCGCCCCGCCCCCAGCGGCGCUGGCGGGUGGUGCCGCCCCGCACGUGGCCGCGAUGGGGACUCGCUGAGCCGUGGACGCAGGCUUCCGGUCACGGGUGGUGCCACUCCACACAGACGAUGUGGCUGGCUCCGCGCCAAGGCCCCGCCGCGUCCCCUGGACUCCCCGCGCCUGAGCUGGCGGCAGGCCGGGGCCUGCGGCUCGUCCUGGGCGUGCUGAGCCUGGCCGUGGUCGUGGUGCGCCUGGAGGGGCAGGCCUACUCUCCCACCGUCAACACGCGCUACGGGAAGCUACGCGGCGUGAGGGUGCCACUGCCCAGCGAGAUCCUGGGGCCUGUGGACCAGUACCUGGGCGUGCCCUACGCGGCGCCGCCCAUCGGCGACAAGCGGUUCAUGCCCCCCGAGCCGCCUGCAUCCUGGUCGGGCAUCCGCAACGCCACACACUUCUCGCCCGUCUGCCCCCAGAACAUCCACAGCGCCGUGCCCGAGAUCAUGCUGCCCAUCUGGUUCACCUCCAACCUGGACAUCGUGGCCACCUACAUCCAGGACCCCAAUGAGGACUGCCUGUACCUCAACAUCUACAUCCCCACUGAGGACGGAGCCAGCGCUAAGAAACAGGGCGAGGACUUAGCCGAUAAUGACGGGGACGAAGACGAAGACAUCCGGGACAGCGGGGCCAAGCCCGUGAUGGUCUACAUCCAUGGUGGCUCCUACAUGGAGGGCACCGGCAACAUGAUCGACGGCAGUGUCCUGGCCAGCUACGGCAACGUCAUCGUCAUCACCCUCAACUACCGCGUCGGCGUGCUAGGGUUCCUGAGCACGGGGGACCAGGCCGCCAAGGGCAACUACGGGCUGCUGGACCAGAUCCAGGCGCUGCGCUGGGUCAGUGAGAACAUCGCCUUCUUCGGGGGGGACCCCCUGCGCAUCACUGUCUUCGGCUCCGGCAUUGGCGCCUCCUGCGUCAGCCUGCUCACCCUGUCCCACCACUCUGAAGGGCUGUUCCAGAGGGCCAUCAUCCAAAGCGGCUCGGCACUCUCCAGCUGGGCUGUGAACUACCAGCCAGUGAAGUACACGAGCAUGCUGGCAGACAAGGUGGGCUGCAAUGUGCUGGACACAGUGGACAUGGUGGACUGUCUGCGCCAGAAGAGUGCCAAGGAGCUGGUGGAGCAGGACAUCCAGCCGGCACGCUACCAUGUGGCCUUCGGCCCCGUCAUCGAUGGCGACGUGAUCCCUGAUGACCCCGAGAUCCUGAUGGAGCAGGGCGAGUUCCUCAACUACGACAUCAUGCUGGGCGUGAACCAGGGAGAGGGGCUGAAGUUUGUGGAGGGGGUGGUGGACCCCGAGGAUGGUGUCUCAGGCAGCGACUUUGACUACUCUGUCUCUAACUUUGUGGACAACCUGUAUGGGUACCCUGAAGGCAAGGACACAUUGCGGGAGACCAUCAAGUUCAUGUACACGGACUGGGCUGACCGCGACAACCCUGAGACACGCCGCAAGACCCUGGUGGCCCUCUUCACCGACCACCAGUGGGUGGAGCCCUCGGUGGUGACAGCCGACCUGCAUGCCCGCUACGGCUCCCCCACCUACUUCUAUGCCUUCUAUCACCACUGCCAGAGCCUCAUGAAGCCUGCCUGGUCCGACGCAGCGCACGGCGACGAGGUGCCUUAUGUCUUCGGCAUCCCCAUGAUCGGCCCCACUGACCUCUUCCCCUGCAACUUCUCCAAGAACGACAUCAUGCUCAGUGCUGUCGUUAUGACCUACUGGACCAACUUUGCCAAGACGGGGGACCCCAACAAGCCAGUGCCCCAGGACACCAAGUUCAUCCACACCAAGGCCAACCGCUUCGAGGAGGUGGCCUGGUCCAAGUACAACCCUCGAGACCAGCUGUACCUGCACAUCGGGCUGAAGCCACGGGUGCGCGACCACUACCGCGCCACCAAGGUGGCCUUCUGGAAGCACCUGGUGCCGCACCUAUACAAUCUGCACGACAUGUUCCACUACACGUCCACCACCACCAAGGUGCCGCCACCUGACGCCACGCAGAACGCCCACAUCACCCGCCGGCCCAACGGCAAGGCCUGGACCACCAAGCGCCCUGCCCUGUCCCCCGCCUACAACAGCGAGGACGGCAAGGAGCCGUGGAGCCCGGAGCAGGAGGCCGGGACCCUCCUGAUUGAGAACCCACGCGACUACUCCACCGAGCUGAGUGUCACCAUCGCCGUGGGCGCCUCCCUCCUCUUCCUCAACGUCCUGGCCUUCGCUGCCCUCUACUACCGCAAGGACAAGCGCCGGCAGGACACACACCGCCAGCCCAGCCCCCAGCGCAGCGCUGCCAACGACAUGGCCCACACACCCGAGGAGGAGAUCCCCUCCCUGCAGGCCAGCCAGGCACACCGUGAGUGCGAGCCAGUGCCUGUGCCAGCCCACGAUGCCCUGCGCCUGGCUGCGCUGCCUGACUACACGCUGACCCUGCGCCGCUCGCCAGAUGACAUCCCGCUUAUGACACCCAACACCAUCACCAUGAUCCCCAACUCCCUGGUGGGGCUGCAGACCCUGCACCCCUACAACACCUUCGCCACUGGCUUCAACAGCACCGGGCUCCCCCACUCACACUCCACCACCAGGGUAUAGCUCCCCAGCCGCCCGCCCGCCCGCCUGCCCGCGCACGCACACACAUGCACGCACACGCACGCUCGCUCACAGCGGACGCUGGGGCCGGGGUGGGGGCCGGGCACUCCGACAGCGCACGGACAGGCUUGUCCAGCCCAGAGGGCAGAGCAGAGCCCCAGCUGGCGCACUGCGGACAGCAUGGGGGGGAUGACUGGUGCCACCCCCAGCUCCUUCCUCCAUUUGUUUUUUAUUUCUCCAAGUGCUUUGACUCUCCUGCGCUGAUGCCGGGGUUGUGGGGCCCAGCCAGAGCCGCACAGCAGGACUGACCCCAGGGCAGGGGCACGGCCCUUAUGCCCUGCUCCCUGCUAGCAAGCCCUGGCCAUGCCAGCAGCAAGACGGAUGGAUGCACGUGAGAGGCUGCAGAACCUCUGCCUUGGCCCGCGGUCCGUUGGCCUCCAGGGGCUGGGCCUCAUGCCAAGCAGCAGCCCUGCCUGGCACAUGGGGCUGCCCAGCACCCCUGGUCACCUCUUGCCACGGGAGCCCGGGGCGCCAGAAACUCGCCAUCAUCCAAAGUGCCGUGGAACAUGUGCCCGCACUUUGCCGAGCCGCAGCGGCCGGGCAGGAGCUAGGGGGGCCGUGCCCGCCCCGGGCUGGCCCCUGCCCGCUGUGUGCUGCAGAGAACCUCUUUCGUGCGGGUGUUUCUCUUUGCAGAGACGUUUUUUAAGCAGAUCUUUAGUUCUUUACACACUAACGGAGUCGCCGCGUUUUGUCCUUUGUAAAGAUUUUAAACCAAGUGUUCUUGAUAUAAAAUAAAAAAGCCAGUUAGAAUCCCAGCGUGUGUGGCCCCGGCAUCCCCGAGCCUGGCAGCACAUGCCCCCAGGCC